GAAAGAAAACUGCCAUUACUCUUUGAGGUUAAACAUAAGAAAAAGUUUGAUAGCAAAAACAGUUGAGAGAGAUGGAGAGAGAAGAGAGAACCCCUUGUGGUAUAAUGUGUCCGUUCUCUCCCUCUAGGCUUUAACCUCCAAAACUUGGGGCCUUUUCAGAUACGCCUCACUGCUCUCAUUUCCUUUUUAUUUCUGUUUUAUCCGUAGUUCUUGCUACUAAGCAAUUUGCUUUCUUGAACUCUGGGAAGAGGUUACUUGUAAAUUCAAGAUUUUGCUGCUUGUUAUCUGGGGAUUUGGCACAAAUAUGGAUAUGUUAAAUGUUGAUGCGUAGCUUAUAAACCCAUUUUCAAGUGCUCCCUGUCUCUCUUUAGAACACCAGAUUAGUGCUGAAGAAAGCUGGUGUCUUUUGAGUUUAAAAGAUGCCGAUGGGCCCUUGACUGACUUUCAAUUCCACCAGUAGAAGAACCAUGACAUUAGGAUCAAAGAAAGGAUGGAAGUCAAUAGUGCCCCUCCGUCUAAAAUGCAAAUCAACUCCCCGCUUUUGUUUGUUCUCCAAGGUGAAGCCUGCUAAUUAUGGCCCUGGAAAGACACCGGUUUAUCUAAAUGUGUAUGACUUGACACCUAUGAAUGGCUAUGUGUAUUGGGCUGGCUUAGGUAUAUUUCAUUCUGGUGUUGAAGUUCAUGGUGUGGAAUAUGCAUUUGGGGCUCACGACUAUCCAUCAAGUGGUGUCUUUGAAGUUGAACCUCGGCAGUGCCCAGGCUUCAAGUUUAGAAAGUCAAUAUUCAUUGGGACCACAUCCCUGGAUGCCGCCCAGGUCAGGGAGUUUAUGGAGAGGCAAGCUGCAAGCUACAAUGGUGAUACAUAUCACUUGAUUGUCAAGAACUGCAAUCAUUUCUGUAAGGACAUAUGCUACAAACUUACUGGGAGAAAGAUUCCAAAAUGGGUCAACCGAUUGGCAAAAUUAGGUUCUACCUUCAAUUGCAUUCUGCCAGAAUCUCUGAAAAUAUCUCCCGUGCGACAUGAUCCAAAUUACCUAGAAGAUGAUAAUGAGAAGAGAAGGCUCAGAAGUUCUUUCAGUUGUUUGUCGUCAAUCUCAACACGGCAGAAGCAGUUGUCUACAUCUUCACUAUUUCUACAAUCCCCUUUAAAAGGCUGCUUACCACCAUGGGAAUUGAGGAAGUUUAACAAUGGUUCACUCAAGGAACGAUGAGACCAGGAUGAAUUCUUGAAAUCUUAAUCUAUCAGGCAGUGUUGUAAGUUGUUGUCAUGCUUAUGCAUGCAAGUCAAGCCCCUUUGUCUAGCGCAAUUGCCUUAGGAAGGGAUAUAAUUCUUGUGACGUGCCAUGCCUUCUCUCUCUGUCUCUCAAUGUUGAAUAUUUUGUAACAGUAAGUGUAUCUCUUAGAACCAAAUGAAGUAGAUAAAUGCAUGCAGUGAAAAAGCUGAAUUGUGAGUAUCA